AGUGCCCGAAGUCAUCAGGAGAGCCUAAGGAUUAAAGCUGCCAAGACGGGUAGCAUUGAAGAGAGCCUUGCUGGGAGAAGCCUCGCUUUAUUAAAGGCGUCUGAAUUGGAGAAGAUGCAGCUACUUUUUCGAAAUGCCCACGCCAUCGGAAAAAAGGGCAGGCCUUUCACCGACUUCGCAUGGAUGUGUGAGUAAGUGAAUUAACGUUACUAUUUACAUGUUUCACAAACAGUGCAAUUAAUGCGCUUUAGAGUGCUUCCAUAGACAGAUAAAACUUUACGUUUGGGGUUUUUUAAAAAAUCUCAGUGAAAUGUACUGUGUUGUAGGCGCUAACAGUGGCUUCAUUUAUACGAAAAUGUAUUUUAGGGUGGACAGGAAGAAAGGCUUGAAGAUAGGAGAGACAUACACAAAUGACUACCAGGCAAAAGAGUUCAUACACUACAUAGCAGAGGAUGAGAGAAGAAAGAUGAGGGAAAGAUUAUCAGAUGGCAAGUUCAUCUCGGUCAUGUCAGAUGGAUCCCUGGACAGUGCAGUGAUGGAAGAAGAAAUGGUCUACGUCAGGAGUGCCAGUGAGGGGAAGGUCAAAGUUGAAUUUGUCGGGGUAAAAGCUGUCUCAAAGCCAGACGCUACAAAUAUAGCUGAAGCAGUGUGCAGUUUAAUGGAAAGUGAAGUCAGCACUGAUUGGAAAAACAAGCUAGUGGCAAUCACCACAGAUGGAGCUUCUGUUAUGACAGGAGUAAACAAUGGUGUAGUUACAAAACUGCGUGCAGAAAAAUCAUAUGUGCUGGGGAUUCACUGCAUGGCCCAUAAGCUAGAGCUUGCCUUUUCAGAUGGAAUAAGAAAAAAUGUGAUGGCCAGGAAAGUUGAGGACAUGUUAAGUGGACUCUACACCUUAUAUCAUAAGAGUGGAGUGAAUAGGGCCAGCCUAAAGCAACACUUCAGGGAGCUCCACAUGAAGGCUUUGAUGCCAACCAGAGUAGGUGGAACCCGGUGGCUACCACAUCUCUUCAAAUCACUUGACCAUUUUCUCAGGGGAUAUGCUGGCAUUGUACGCCACUUAGAGGAGAAGUCCCAGGAGGCCACGAACAUCAAUGCUGUUCUGAGGGCAAAAGCCAAGGGGUUCCUCAACAUGGGCAAGGAUGGUGGAGUGCUCAGGUUUUGCUGCCUUCUCCAUGACACCAUUUAUCAACUGAGCAACCUCUCCAAGUCACUGCAGAGGUCAGUGUCAACCCUGGCUGAAGCUCAGAGCUGCCUUUCCUCCACUCAGGCUGUCAUAGAAAAGUACAAGUCAAGACCGGGACCUAAAAUGAGAGCAGUGCUGGACACAGACACCUAUGAAGGAGUCCUCCUGAAGCCUACUGAUGCCGACAAGCAUGACAAGGCAAAGAAUGAGCUAAUCGAUUCUCUGUGCCAGUGCAUCACUGCUAGAUUUAGUGAUGUGAACAGUGGUGUCCUGCAGGCGAUGCGGCUGACCAGUUUCCAGUGCUGGCCAGAGGCAGACACAAGUUCAGAUUUUUCCCUUUUGUUCUCAGAUUUUGGUGAUGAAGAGGUAAACAAACUCAUCAGUCACUUCCGACCUCUAUUACUCUCUGCUGGAGUGGAUGUGGAUUUGAUCCCUGAUCAAUGGACAAUUCUCAAGACUGAACUGUACACAGCAGGAUUCAGCCAAGAAACCUUUGAGAAAACUUGGCCUACUGUGAACAGAAUGCUGCGCCAUCGGUGUCCUGAUGUCCUUGAUCUUUUUGAUGCUCUCCUUACCAUCCCUGCAACUACAGCUGACUGUGAAAGAGGUUUCAGUGUUAUGAAGCAGGUAAAGAGUGACUGGCGCUCACGCCUAAAAAGGUGAGACCCUCUCUGACCUCCUUAAAACCCAGUUGUGCUCACCUGACAUCAAAGACUUUGAUCCAACCAAAGCCAUUGACAUCUGGCAUGCUGACGGUUUGCGCUUACGCAGGCCUGACUUUGUGCGCAAACAUGGAACAAAAGAAACAGAGGGUGGCUCAGAUUCUGAUGGCACCUCUGAAGAAGAAGAAGAGCUCUGAAGACAUGUGUUAGUUAGAUCCCAAACUUGAAAUAAAAUGUUAGCACUUUCAGUGUGUUUUAGUUAGAUCCCAAACUUGAAAUAAAAUGUUUGCACUUUCUGUGUAUAUUUAGUUGUAUGUAUUGCACUUUAUAUGUGUUUUCAGGCCAAAAUGUUAAUAAAAUGAAUAAAUGCAUUCAGUGGCACUCAUAAUUUCUUAUUUUCACCGAAAAAAAUUUGGCUAGUGGAAAUGCAGAUUGGCUGGUUACUUUAGAAAGUUACCAGCCACUUUGGCUGGUGAUCAAAAAAGUUAAUUUAGAACCUUGUAUAUAAUGUGUGUGUAUUUACAUUCUAUUGAAAAUUUUGUUAUACCUUUCCAAGUAAACCUUAUCAUGGUUUUACUACAGAGAAAGUUACAUUCCUGUUGAACAUUCCUACAAGGCUCAUUAUGUGGCUC